CCCAGUAUCAGUGGCAUCUCUUUUCUCCAACAUAACAUUUUCUUCUCCCAUAUAGAAAAUCGUAACAUUUCCUUCAAUAAUUCUUCCAUAUAUACUCACUUUCCCGUUUCGUUUUCCCGGAAAAUCUUCCCUAGAUUUCUUUCACCCCCACACACACAUAUACAGCUCAAGAUUCCUAUAGACUAACAAUAAUGGAGCCGAAUAAGAGACACGACAAUAUGUUUAGCUUACAGAAUGUUCUAUUCAUUGUCAAAGUCUCAGCUGUCCUAGCCUUCUUCGGUUACUGGGGUUACCCGACGAUUAUAAAUGUACUUGAAGGCGUUGAAAUUUGGUUCAGUUUCUUUAUAAGAAACGUUUUCUUCAUCUUCAUCAUCGUAAACGCUCUCAUCGGCUCGAUAUACUUUAGCUUUCUCCAAACCACCGGAAAAAAGAAACCCGAUCUCUAUGAUGAAUAUAUCGCCGCCGUACCCUCCGUCGUCCGUCCUUCCCCGGAGCCGUCUUCUGCCCUGAUGGAGGUUGGAGACUACGGUGGUGGGUAUUACAGUAACUCGAGUUACCAGGAGAUCACUGUGCCGCAGUUUCAAGCGGUUGGUACGGUUGUGGAGAGUGAAUGUUAUGAACGAGUUAUGAUGGAGACGAGCUCUAAGAGUUAUAGGAAGACGACUAGUUUUGAGAAGGAGAAGAAGAAGAAGAGGUCGACGGUGGAGUAUCGGAGGACGGAGUCGGAGAGAGUGAUGAAAACGGCGUCGUGGAGGUCGCAUGCGAUGGAUGAGCUGAGCAGCGAGGAGUUUCGUAUGAAGGUGGAGACAUUUAUCACGGGGUAUAAGAAGAAAAUGAUAAACGGCAGCGUUGACCAGUGGCAGAACUGUGUCCCCCAGUUGCAAGAUCAGCCUGAUCACAAUGGAACUGGUCGUCAUCGUCAUGCUAGUAGUCGUAGGCUCGUGGGUGGUUCUGGCUCUACUGGUAGUGGUGGUCCGUACUUAGCCAUUUCGAAUUAGAGCUUGGCGUGGGGACUAUGUAAAAGUACAAAUGUUAACCUUAGGUUAUUUUUUACAGCUAAUAAUGUUGUAUUCUAAAUUUCUAAUAUAGAUGAGGCUAUUAAUCUGUGUCACAUGGAAGGAUGCCA